AUGGACAUUGACAACAUAGUCGAAGCCGUGGAGGACGCCGUCGACGCUGUGGAGGAAGCUGUCGACGAGCAAAUGGAGAAGAUGUUCAAGUCCAAUGGUUCUUUACCACCAUCGCCAUCACCGACCAUCUUUUCAGAGUUGUCAUUAUUCAUACAGCUAGCGAUACCAACGAUACUUGCGAAUUUGGGAAUGAUUGCCAGUCCCAUGUUGUGUGCCAGUUUCAUUGGACGGAACUUUGAACCAAUUCAUUUGAGUGGUUUUGCGUUGGCCAACUUGAUAGGAAACCUUUGCACCUUUAGCCUGUUGCUGGGAUUAUUCAGCGCAUCGGAUACUUUGGGACCCCAAGCUUUUGGAAAUGGAGAUUUCAGAGAAGUCGGAUUGAUUGCCAUUCGAGGAUUGGUUUGUGCCAGUGCAUUGGUAAUUCCAAUCAACCUUGUCUUGGUGAAUUACCUUGAGGAUGUCCUGCUUUUUCUGGGACAAGACGAAGAAGCUGUGGUACUGGCCGUCGCAUGGUACAACAUCUACGUAUUAUCUUUUCCAUUCUGCAUUGUCUACAACGUCAUUUGGAAGUUUCUAUCGGCUCAGCACAUUAUGAACCCAAUGAUUUGUGUCUCACUGGCAUCAUUUGGCAUCAUCUUGCCGACCUGCUUGCAUUUUAUGACGAUGCAUUUUGGGUUUCUGGGAUCCGCUUGGGCAUAUUUCACUUUUCAAGCUGUUCAAGCAACAUCAUUGUUGGUGUACGUUUGCUCCGCUCAUCCACAUACCCGAGGCACCUGGCCUGGGAUAUCAUCUUGGCGUGAUGCCAUCCUUGCAUUCGAUCCAAUGGUCGAAUUCGUAAGGUUGGGAUUGGGCGGUAUGGUGGCCCAGUGCGAAUGGGUCUUUUGGGAGUGUGCUGCUUUAGUGAUUGGAAGCAUAGGCGCCCUUUCUCUGUCGGUUCAUACGAUUCCGAGUGAAGUCAUGAUGAUCUUGUGGUUGCCACCAUUGAGUGGUGGGACUGCCUUGUCAAUCCGUAUGGGGAUCAACCUGACGGAAAGCAUCAGAACGACAAAGAAACUUAUUCUUUCCGCGACAUUCAUGGUCAUGUCAAUUUAUGCCGUGAUAAACACAAUCGUUUAUCUGCAAUCAGAACGAAUCAUCAUGUGCUUUACGAAUGACGCUGAGGUUUUGGCAAUUGCCCAACACAUGUGGUGGAAGCUGUGCAUUUUCAGCCAGACCUGUUCCCUUUUUGGAAUGCUCCAAGGAGUAGCCACUGGACUUGGAAUGCAAUGGUGGCUAGCGUGCAUCAACUUUGUCUCGCUAUGGGUCUUUGUUAUGCCGAUACUGUACUAUUCUGCCGUUGUCCUUGGAGGUGGCUUGGAAGCUGCAUGGGUGUGCAUCAUCGCUGGGUAUACAGGAAUGAACAUCAGUUUACUGAUUGCAUUUGCAAGGGUGAGCUUCAAAGACUAUGCAGAUGAGGUAGAAGAGAAAUUCAUUGAUGCAAAUGACAACGAGGAAACUUUGCUCAUGCAAGGUAUCAAAAUCGAAUAUGGAAGCAACCAAACUUAG